GAGUGCGACCACGGAAUAUAAACUUGCUGGGGAGUUUAUUUAUUUCUUUAUUUUUGGGUAGAACAGGAAUUUUGGCGUAUAUCGUGAGUGUGGAACAUGGACAUUAUCUCAGUCGAAUGUCGAGACCGUUGUGAGGUAGCUACGAUGUGAUUGACCAGCUCGUGCCUGCAUCUGGUCACCAGGGCCGUCGUCUUCUUUGCAUGGUCUAGCUUUGACUUUGAGCUGAUCCUUCGCCACAUUUCAUUGGAUUGUGAGAAAAUGACCUAUGUUGCGUUUCGGCUUCGUGCUUCCAGCUUACGUUUGAGCUCUAAUUUUCGGAUCAGAAGUGUCCAAUUCAAUUUCAAUGUAUUCCUGAACUUGAGUUCGCGCUUAAUUUUAAAAGAGAAAUCAGGUUAUCGAAUCAACCUUCGUUCUUACUUCAGCGAGCUCAUUUACACAGUCUAAAAUCUAGGGUUCCAUUGUUUCGUAUCCAGAACCUGAACGAUCUGGCGCCUGUGGGUAUAUUUCUCUCGCUGUGCUAAAUUAGCAGUGCAUCUAAUCUAGCGUUCUUAUUGUUCACUCAGUUUAUUUCUGGAAGACAGGAGUUUGGCAAUGUAUAGUCACAAUGCAAUCAGAGGUGCGAAGUACAGUUUUAUUUUGAAAAUUUAGGUUGGAAGAAGGUGAAGUGGGAGUGUCUAGUGCGUACUGUGUGCUAAGUUAGGUCUAGCCUUAAGGAUUCAAAGUGUGGUAUGGGUACAGAUUUUGGCAAACAUGGGAGUGCUUCGUGAUGUAGAAUAAGUUUGUACAAUAAUACGUUUCCUGUCGCUCCAGAAGCCAUCCCUGUUUUCCCUCAGAGCGAGCAAAUGUUGUUUUCUGUAGCACUCAUAGGUGCGUCGCAUCGCAAGGAAAUACAACCUUGAAUUACAUGGUUUAUUUGAGAAGCAAUCCUACUUGGAAUUCGAUUCUACGAAUUUGAAAUAUGUGUCUUGAGGUUAGAGUAUCUGCGACUUCAACCAUUUUGGAGUAAAAUAAAUUGUUUGAUUUCUGAUAUUUUGAAAUAGUGCUGUGUCGUAGUUUUGACAAAUCAUCCAUUGUCUAAGGUUUUCUCCACAACCGAGGCUGAGACCAUUCAUAGUGAAGAAUUUGAAGGUGCAGGAUUUGCGGGGCGACUGGUCUCAACCAAUCGGGAGUGUUGUAUUUAAUUUUUUUAGAGAAACUGUUCAUUACUUGGAAGCCAAGACACUUCUUCUCCCAACUGCGACGAUAAUACACGUGACUUCAUGGGUUCUUCUGGAGGAUCGACAGAGCUGAAAAGCUCGUCAGCGUCACAUUCGAACUUCCUAGCGGGGUUGAUGCCGAAAAAGGAGAUUGGGGUCUCGCGGUUUCUUGAAGAGCAUCCUGAUUACGACGGGAGGGGCGUUAAGAUAGCAAUAUUUGAUUCUGGAGUAGAUCCAGCAGCCGCUGGUUUGCAAGUUACAACAGAUGGAAAGCCCAAGAUCAUUGACGUACUUGACUGCACUGGAAGUGGAGAUGUGGAUACUUCCUCUAUCGUGAAGGCAGACGCAGACGGGUUUAUUACUGGAGCUUCAGGGGCCCGGCUGCAAGUAAACAAAGAAUGGAAAAACCCAACAGGCGACUGGAGGGUGGGCUACAAGUUAGCUUUCUCGCUGUUCACAGAUACCCUCAUCAGUCGUCUCAAGGAAGAACGAAAAAAGAAGUGGGAUCAGAAGCAACGCGAGGUCCAAACUGAUGCACUUCGUCAACUUACAACCUUUGAUGCGAAGCAUCCCCACCCAACUGAGCCAUCGCUCAAGAAAGCCCGGGAGGAUCUUCAGAAUCGAGUUGAUCUUCUACAGAAACAAUCAGACAAUUACGAGGACAAUGGACCAAUUAUUGAUGCAGUAGUCUGGCAUGAUGGGGAUUUGUGGAGGGCUGCACUGGACACUCAAGACAUGGAAGUGGGAAAAGGGCGUGGAAAGCUAGCAGAUUGUAUUCCUUUGACUAAUUUCAGGGUUGAGCGCAAAUAUGGGAUCUUCACACAGAUAGACGCCUGCAGCUAUGUCUUAAAUAUUUUCGACAAUGGAAACGUACUCAGCAUUGUCACUGACUGCUCCCCUCAUGGGACACAUGUUGCCGGAAUCACUGCCGCUCACCAUCCUCAGGAACCACUGUUAAAUGGAGUAGCACCAGGUGCUCAGAUCGUCUCUUGCAAGAUUGGUGACACUCGACUUUAUGCAAGGGAGAUGGGCACUGGUCUAGUUCGCGCCCUCAAUGCAGUAGUUGAGAUGAAGUGCGAUCUCAUUAACAUGAGUUAUGGAGAGCCAACUACAUCGCCUAACUAUGGCCGUUUUAUCCGGCUAGCCGAGGAGGUGGUAAACAAACAUGGAGUGAUAUUCGUAUCUAGCGCUGGUAACAGUGGACCAUCAUUGACCACUGUAGGUGCUCCAGGUGGCACAUCAUCUUGUAUUUUGUCCAUCGGAGCGUUUGUAACUCCAUCAAUGGCAGUCUCAGCUCACUCUUUGGUUGAGGCAGUAUCUGAAGAGGGCAUCCAGUACACCUGGUCGAGCAGGGGACCUACAGCAGAUGGAGAUUUAGGUGUUGGUAUUAGUGCCCUUGGUGGUGCAGUAGCGCCUGUGCCCAAGUGGACUCUUCAACCACGCAUGUUGAUGAAUGGCACUUCUAUGUCUUCUCCCUGUGCUUGCGGCGGUGUUGCGUUGAUAUUGAGCUCGCUUAAGGCAGAGGGACUUGCAAUCAGCCCACAUGUGGUGAGGAAAGCGCUUGAAAAUACUGCAGCUCCAGUCCAUUCCGCACCUGAAGAUCAUCUUACAAUUGGUCGAGGCCUUUUGCAGGUUGAUAGGACAUAUGAGUAUCUCCAAAAAUGCAAGGACCUUCCACCUGUGUAUUACAAAGUGGAGGUUGUACGUGGCUCAAACUCAGGGGUCACUCUCCGAGGGGUGUAUUUAAGAGAGGCAUUUGACUGCCGACAAGCUAGUGAGUGGAACAUCACAGUCAAGCCCAUAUUUCCUGAAGAUGCUGACAAUCUUAAUUCAGUGGUACCCUUUGAAGAACGCGUGAAGUUGGAGAGCGGGAACCCAUCCUGGCUCAAAUGUCCUGAAUUUCUCUUACUUACCAACAAUGGACGCACCUUCAAUAUUGUGGUUGAUCCAACAACUUUAGAUGAUGGUCUUCACUACUCCGAAGUUGUGGGUAUCGACUCUGAAGCACCUUGGCGAGGGCCCCUUUUCAGAAUACCUGUGACUAUAUGCAAGCCUCUUGAGUUGAAAACUUUGCCACCAGUAGCAACUUUUUCAGAUUUGUCGCUUGUUGCAGGUGGGAUUGAGCGGAGGUUUAUAUCAGUUCCAGAGGGCACCACUUGGGCGGAAGCAAAAUUAAGAAUGACUAGCUUCGAUACUCCUCGGAGAGUCUAUGUGAAUGCUGGGCAAAUUGUUCCUAAGACAACCCCUAUUGUAUGGAGCACUCUUGUGAAUUUUCAAUCGCCUUCAUCGAAGUCUUUUGCAUUUCCAUUAAUAGGAGGAGUAACCAUGGAGCUUACAAUCGCCCAGUUUUGGUCCAGUGGCAAUGGUAGUCAUUUACCAGCUACUGCUGAUAUAGAGAUUGAAUAUCAUAGCUUACUCGCCAGUAACAACGAGGUGGUCUUUAAGGGUAGCGAGGCUACAGCUCGAGUGGAUGUAAGGGCAGCUCUUGGUACUGAACAGUUAUCUCCGUCUGCUACUUUAAACAAGAUUCGCAUCCCAUAUCGCCCUGUGGAAGCCAAGAUUGCGCCUUUAUCAGCGACAAGGGACAGAUUGACUGAUGGAAGGCAGAUUAAUGCUCUCACUUUGACAUAUAAAUUUUUUCUCCCAGAAGGUGGCGACGUGACCCCAAGGCUUCCUAUCUUGAACGAGCGCAUGUAUGACAUUGAAUUCGAGUCACAGUUUUACUUUCUCUGUGAUUCCAACAAGCGAGUACUCUCAAUUGGGGAUGUAACUCCGUUAACUGCAAGACUCUCUAAAGGAGACUACACACUGUUAUUUCACAUCAGGCAUGACAACACGAGGUACCUAGAAAAGCUGAAAAAGACAGUGAUAUUGCUUGAGCGCGAUCUGGAAGGCAAGAGUUCUAUAAAGCUUAGUUUUUCUUCCCAUAUCGAUGGAGCUAUAACAGGGGCAGAGCCAUUCACAAACGUGCAACUAGCUGCUGGAGAAUCACGGCCUUUCUACAUUGUCGCCCCAGCUGAUGAAAAGAUACCGAAGGAAGCGACGUUGGGUUCAGUGUUGCUGGGCGAGAUUACAUACGGGAAGGUUGAAAGUGAUAACUCCCCUGCACAGUCAACUAUCUCGUUUGUUGUGCCCCCACCACCUAAGGGUGAGGAGAAUCCAAAAGAGGAGGAUGAUACUAAAAAGACUGUUUCUCAAGCUCUGGAUGAAGAGGUGAGGAAUGCAAAAAUCAAAGUGCUUUCAAGUUUAUCCUUGGAAACAAAAGAAGAACUUGAAGACUGGGAGCGGCUUGCUGAUUCACUCAAGGUGAAUUAUCCCAAUUAUCUGCAACUCAUGGUAGAGAUAUUGAACAAGAUGUAUGGAUCCCAAGGCAUCGGAGAAGCAAAGUUCAGUGUUGCCAAGGUAAUUAAAGCGGCUGAUAAUGUGAUUCGUUUAGUGGACACUGGGGACCUCGCAAGAUAUUUCUCAAUGAAAAACGAGUCUGAAGAUGCGAAUGCUGCGAAAGUGCGAAAGGAGAUGGAAAAGAAACGAGAUUCAUUGGCAGAUGCUUUAUACAAAAAGGGUCUUGCUUUGAUUCAGCUGGAAGAGGAUCAAACAACCCAACAGAAAGAGGUUCACGAAGCCUCUUCAACUGAAGCUCUAGAUGGUGCAUCAACUUCUGUGAAGAACGAGAGCUCCCAACUGUCAGCUCCAAUAACCGACACUUUUGAAGAGACGUAUGCUGAGCUGCGGAAAUGGGCUGACAUUAAUUUGCCCAAGUAUCUUCUUCUAACUGUGAAACGAGAAAAGCGCAGUGGUCGUCUCGGAAAUGCUUUUAAGUUUUUGAACGACCUGAUCCAAGAUGAAAGCAAACCACCUCAGAAAAGUUUAUUUGAGCUACGCAUCAAACUGCUUGAAGAGCUUGAGUGGCCACACCUGGCUGAAUACGAACGCAAGUGGCAGAUUGUGCGCUUCCCUUCCUCAUACCCUCCUUUUUAGUGUCUUCGUUCUUUGGUCCUUUUUAGAUUGAGUUGAACAUUGUCACAAUCUACUGUCUUUUUGAAAGGAUGCCUGCAUCCUUCCGAAUUGUGCUGAUGGAUCUAAAAUUCAGGAAUGUAAUUCAUCGGUGAAUCUCUGGACCAUGUGUUUGCCUGAGCAUUUAUAUUUGCAGCCUCUAAUUCAACUGCGAUUGUUGGACACUACCCACUGUUUCUUUGAGCUGUUUCUUAUUUCUGAAUCUCAUGCUGUAGCAUUGGAAACUGAAAAGAGUGUUCAAGGAAUUUGCUAGUAUUUGGUUAGUUGCAUUGAACUCAUGGUAGCAAUACCCUUGCCAACAAUUAAUAAAAACUGUGAUUUGUUGA